UCCCCAACCCUCCGAAACCUUCCUGCCCCUUGAGCUGCCCUGUGGUUUCUGUGGACUAACCGGUGUCUCUGUGCCGGGUCAGGAGCCUUGACCAGUUAUGGUGAGGUGGUUUCAUCCCAACAUCAGCGGAAUCGAGGCCGAGAAGCUCCUGCUGACCAGGGGUGUCCAUGGCAGCUUCCUGGCCCGCCCCAGCAAGAGCAACCCCGGGGACUUCACCCUCUCUGUCAGGAGGAACGACGAGGUGACCCACAUCAAGAUCCAGAACACGGGGGAUUACUAUGACCUGUAUGGGGGUGAGAAGUUUGCCACCCUGGCAGAGCUGGUGCAGUACUACACCGAGCAGCAGGGGCUGCUGAGGGAGAAGAACAGCAACGUCAUCGAGCUCAAGUACCCUCUGAACUGCCAGGACCCCACCUCGGAGAGGUGGUACCACGGGCACCUCACGGGAAGGGAGGCGGAGAAGCUGCUGACGGAGAAGGGGAAGCCGGGAAGUUUCCUGGUGAGGGAGAGCCAGAGCAAACCGGGAGACUUCGUCCUGUCGGUGCUGACCAAUGAGGACAAGAUGGAGACUGGGGACCGAAAACCGCACGUGACCCACGUGAUGAUCCACUACCAGCUGGAUGGGAAGUAUGACGUGGGGGGAGGAGAGAGGUUUGACACGCUCACAGACCUGGUGGAGCACUACAAGAAGAACCCCAUGGUGGAGAAGUCUGGAGCUGUGGUUCACCUGAAGCAGCCCUUCAACGCCACGCGCAUCAACGCGGCCAACAUCGAGAACAGGGUGAAGGAGCUCAACAAAAUGGCAGAUCACAGUGAGAAGGCCAAGCAGGGAUUCUGGGAAGAGUUUGAGAUGCUGCAGCAGCAGGAGUGCAAGCUCCUGUACCCCAGGAAGGAGGGGCAGCGACCGGAGAACAAGGCCAAGAACCGCUACAAGAACAUCCUUCCCUUUGACACCACCCGGGUGGCCCUCAGGGACGUGGAUGAGAGUGUGCCUGGCUCAGACUACAUCAAUGCCAACUACAUCAAGAGCAUCCCUGAAGAUGGAAGGAGCUCGGAGCACUGCAAGGUCUAUAUAGCCACCCAGGGCUGCCUGCAGACCACUGUGAACGACUUCUGGGCCAUGGUGUACCAGGAGAACACCCACGUCAUUGUCAUGACCACCAAGGAGGUGGAACGGGGCCGGAACAAAUGCUUCCGUUACUGGCCCGACAAGGGCAGCACCAAGGAGUUCGGGGGCAUCUGCGUGCGCCACGUGAGCGAGCGCGAGGCCCAGGGCUACCUCCUGCGGGAGCUGGAGAUCCUGCGGGCCGGCAGGGACGAGCGGCCCAGGCUGGUGAGGCACUACCAGUACUUCAGCUGGCCCGACCACGGCGUGCCCAACGAGCCGGGAGGGGUUCUCAGCUUCCUGGACCAGGUGAACCGGGCCCAGCGGAGCAUUCCGGGCACGGGGCCCAUCGUGGUGCACUGCAGUGCUGGAAUAGGACGCACAGGCACCAUCAUAGUGAUCGACAUCCUGGUGGAUAUCAUCCAUAGGCAAGGUCUGGACUGUGACAUCGACAUCCCCAAGACGAUCCAGAUGGUGCGGCGGCAGCGCUCGGGGAUGGUGCAGACGGAGGCUCAGUACAAGUUUGUUUACAUGGCAGUGCAGCAGUUCAUCGAGGCUGAGCAGAAGAGGUUGGAAGAAGAACAGAGGAAUAAAAGGAAAGAACGGGACUACCUGAACAUUGGCUACCCUCCCAUGGAAAAGGGCAGAGCCAAAGGGCAGCCCCCCUCCCCACGGACCCCCUCUGUGGUGGAUGAGGAGUCAGCUUCCGUCCUCUACGAGAACCUCACCAUCAAAAGCCCGAAGGUUUCAGGGAUGAGUAAUUCAGGGCGAUAGAGGAGCUUCGUGGAGGCUCCACAGGAUUUCCAGUGUUUACGUCCACCCUUCCCAAGCUCUGCGACUGAGGACAAUUUUUUUUUUUUUUUUUUGGCCUGUCUUGCCUUCCCCAAGCACCUUGGAUUUGGAGAGGAGGGGAGAAGCUGCCUGAGAACCUGCCCCCAAGAACAUGCCUUAUCCUAACUUAUUCAUGAGAAGCAUCUCCUCCCACUCUCCCCCUGCAUCAGUAGGUUGAUAUUUAUGUGAAAGUGCCUCUGGACAUUCAUUAGGGCAUCAAGGCUCAGCUUCAGGGUUGGUUUUUUUGGUUUUGUUGGUUUUUUUUUUACUUUUUUAA